AUGGCUAGACUUUUUCUAUUCACUUUACUUGCGUUUGGUAUCACCACGUUUGCAACGCAUCUUCCAACCCGUCAAAAUAACGUCUGCGCGAUGUGGUGUGCAGCUAAUUUCGCAAGUCCCGGAGCUUGUACAUCGCAAGCCGCCCAGGGGGGAGGGCCUUGCUAUACCUGCGGUCCUCUUGCGGCCAACCCUGCGCAAGCACUGUGCAGUGGCACUUGUGUUGAUACUAGUACCAGCAGUGCCAACUGUGGAUCAUGUGGAAAUUCGUGUGGGAGUUCAACGUGUGUAGGCGGUGUUUGCGCCCCAGCCUGCCCUUCUGGACAAUCACUAUGUAAUGGUGUUUGCGUCAACACUCAGAGUGACAAAAACAACUGUGGAAGCUGUGGCUUUGUGUGUCCCAACCCAUGCACCGGCGGAACACCCUUGAUAUUCUGUCAACAAGGAAGAUGUGGUUUUGGGUGUCUUGACUAG